AAGACUUUGGUGGCCUCUUUUCUUUAUGCGCAUGACUUUUGCUUUCCUUGAUGUCUAGGGUCACGUAUAUGCCACGAUUCUGCUGUGUAAUAGGAUGUAGAAAUACUGACAAGCUACCUGGUCUGUCUGUCUUUUUUUUUCGUAUACCAAAGUUGGCGAAAAAACAAGGAGUAGCCCACGAGAAACUUCUGAGAGAGAGAGGAGAGAGGGAAUUUGUGGUCCGAUUAGUGCAAACGCCUGAGCACUGGCGAGUCUGUGGGAAGCACUUCGUUUCAGAGCCGAAGACCCACAGAGCACCAGAGAGUAUCAGCAAACGGUGUCAUGAAGGAAAGCAGCUGGCUGACUUUGAAAUAGCAGACGUUAAGCAUCAGAUGAGUAUGAAUAAAGAACCUACAAACUUUGACUGCUGGGACAGCCCUGAUAAAGCCUUUGAUAAUAAGAAUGGAAAUGAUGAUCCAGUGCUUCUUGAAGAAUUAAGAGAAUGGCAAACCAGAAGGAAAAUUCACGCUGUUGCAUCAUCAGAGAAACAGAGCGAUAUGCAGAUUCUGAGGAAGAGGAUGACAACUGCAAUGCUUACCCAGAUUUUGUCAGUAGAGGCCUUCUAUCAGUAGAGCUAAACGUUUGAAAGUCCUCUUGGUCUGCUUAAUCUCAUCCCAGGAGCAUCUGCUGGAUCCUCUGUUCUGCUUUUAUCAAGUCACUGCUGUGGUGGGAGCAUCAGCAGGACUCUAGCCCUGCUCAAGCAGGCACAUCAGCAGGGAAUUUCCUUGGUGACCAUGUUAUCCCCUUCUUUUCUUUCCUCGCUCACUCUUCCUCAGUAAUUCUUCCUUCAGCCCUUCUGCCUGCAUUCCAACCAACUGUGCCAAAAUACGAGCUUAAAAGCUCAGGUCAAAGCUGCCAUGUGCUCAGCCUCUCGUCUCCCCUCUGCUCCUCUUCCAUCUCACAUGGGCGCCUACUUAAGCUAUCAGCAUUACCAUGGACUUGUCCUGCACGAGACACCAAAGCAGUCCAUUGAUGAGGUGAUAGUAGCAUACAAGGGAAGUACAGCAGGAAACCUGAAGUAGUAUGACAGGAAAAAAACAGACAAGUGGGGCUUUAAGCUGUUGCAAGAGCUUCUGAGGAAGGCUUCAUCCAUGAUAUUAUUCUCUGUCAAGGAAGCACCACCCUUCAAAGCCAUGGGAUUCCCCUAACCCAAGAGCAGGAGGCAUUGUCCUCUCCCAGUCUCAGUCUUGGUCAGUACGAUCUCCUCAGCCAAUUCUAUUAUUAUUGUGAACAACUAUUUCAUCAUCCUAGAAUGACAAGAAGUGCCAGUAUAUAGGGACUGCCAGGGAUGGAAAGAUAGGCAGUCCUCCCCUGAAGAUCACCAAGAACAUGGAGAAGAAAAGUGCCCUCUGUGGUGCCUGUGACUAUGCCUCCACUGAUAAUGACAUCUUUGCAGUCAGAUGGAAAGACAACAAGGUAGUCACCAUAGUGUCAACCAACCUUAGGAUUGAGCCACUCAUAACCUGCUAGUGUUUCUGCAAGAAGAGCAAGAAGAAGGGUGAUACUUCUUGCCCUAAUGUUAUCAAAAGUUAUAAUGCUCAUCCAUCUGUACAAGAUGCUGAUGAAGUCCAAGUGGUGGUACAUGAGGUUCUUUGCCUACAUGAUCGACCUGUGCCUUCCUAAUACAAGUGGGACUGCAGUGCCCUCAAGGAACGUGCGAGAUAACUGAAAGAAUUCAGAAUUGACGUCUUCUACUCCAUUACAGCCAGGAAGCCCAGGAACUUAUACCUUCUCAGGAGUUCAGUGUCACUCCCACCAAAGACCCUGAAGCUUCAUGCCUGACCCGGCUCUCAGGUUUCAUGCGUCUCUCUUCCAUGCCCCCAUCUCUGUGACACGACAGUCUUGCAAAUUCUGAAAGAAGGGGAGUAUCAUGAGAUCCAAUGACAUCUGCAGGGUUUGUAAGAUACACCUUUGCCUCAGUAACAAAAGGAAUUGUUUGUGAGGUACCAUGAGAAAUUAGCAUGUUUUAUGUGAUCAUUUUGUGAUUUUCAAUGCAAAUAUUUUGUAUUUACAAACUUGUAUUCCCCAAAAAUAUUUUUUGUA